AUGUCGAAUACAGAUAAAACUCCUAAAACUGGCAAAAACGUACGUGUUGCCGUUCGGAUAAGACCGAUGAAUGAUAAUGAAAUUGCCGAGAGGGCUCGCUGCUCACUUAUGGCAAAUGCUCGCAAACGAAUUGUUGCUGUAAUUGACCGGGGAGUCAACAAGGAAUUUGGACCAUUUGAUAAGGUAUACGGAACGCAUGCAAAACAGCUCGACAUAUACUUGGAUUUGGUCGAACCAUUGGUCAAAAAUGUUCUUGCUGGUUACAACUGCACUUUAUUUGCUUACGGACAGACAAGUACAGGCAAGACAUUUACAAUGGAAGGUGAGCAAAUCAGUUCAGCUUAUGAACACGCAUGGAACGAAGAUUCAUCAGUUGGUAUAGUGCCACGAGCUUUGCAACACAUUUUUACUGAGUUGGAGAACCAGGAUGCGGAAGAAUUCUCAGUUCGUGUAUCAUAUGUUGAGUUAUACAACGAAGAACUGUACGAUUUGCUUGGGAAUGCUGAACUAGGUCAUGCAAGAUUGCGACUUUUCGAAGAUUCUGUGCGGAAGGGUUCGGUAAUUAUUAGUGGCUUGGAAGAAGUUCCAGUGUCUGACCGUCUUGAAGUUCGUGAACUGUUAAAAAGGGGUGCAGAGAAACGAAGAACUGCUGUGACUCAAAUGAACUUGAAUUCAAGCCGCUCUCAUACCGUUUUCACAAUAACAGUUGUAAUUCGAGAAAAUACUGUGAGCGGGGAAGAAGUCAUCAAGCAAGGAAAGUUAAGUUUAAUUGAUUUGGCUGGUUCGGAAAAUAUUGGUCGUUCGGGUUCCAUCGAUAAAAGAGCUCGGGAAGCAGGAAGUAUUAAUCAAUCUUUAUUAACACUGGGUCGAGUCAUUAUGGCUUUAACUUCGGGAGCUGGUCAUGUCCCAUACAGAGAGAGCAAGCUUACGAGGAUUUUGCAAGAUUCAUUAGGUGGUAAGACUAUUACUACUAUUGUAGCAACGUUAUCGCCUGCUUCUACCAAUAUUGAAGAGUCGAUUAGCACAUUAGAAUAUGCUUCAACUGCAAAAAAUAUUAAGAAUCAACCUGAAAUAAAUCAAAAAUUGACUCAUCGUGCUCUACUUAAGGCUUACAAUGAUGAAAUGAAUCGCCUAAUGCGUGAUUUACAAGCGGCACGUGAUAAGACGGGCUUCUUUGUUGAUCGUCAGAAUUAUGAAAACAUGAAUACACAACUUGCGCAACAGAGCCAACAGAUCGAAACGCUCACUGAUGAGCUUCAAUCAGUUCUUGAACGCAUUCAGUUGCUAAUGCAAGAUGCUGAACUCCUAGGCCAGCAUUAUGGCCGUCUUUACGAACGUUACAAACAUAUGGAACAGAAGUAUAGAGAGCGUUGCAAUGAAAAUGCUCAGUUAAGUUUGGAGUUAGCGGAUUGCAAGUCGAACUUGGAAAAUUAUCAGUUCGUUUUGAAGAAGUUGCAGGAAUCAGCGAAUAAAAGCCAAGUGGAAAAUAGACAGCUCCGUCAAAACUGCUUACAUUUGGACUCGGACUUGGGUAAAACACAUGACAAAAUUGAUGUCUUUCGUAAUGCGGCAAAUGAAAAUGAAAAACUGUAUAUUCAGUAUACAAGAAAUAGUGCACAAAGUGCUGACAAGCUGAAGAAAGGUGUCGAAGAUUGGAAUGAUAUGUUACAAUCGGAAAUGAAAAAAAUGACAGAUUAUUGUGAACAAACGAAAGCUAAUGUAGAAAAAGAUAUGCACGCAUUUCGGAACUAUAUAGAUUUACUUCUUUCGCAGUUGAAGGCGUUUUUUACUAGCUGUGAGAAUGGCACCGACAACUCAGCUGUCAGUUUUUUGAGGGAAGUAUGUGCGUUCAUUAAUGGUGCACAGAGUUAUCAUGAAAAAUUAUAUGAACAGCAUAACAAAUUUAUUGACUUUUUUGUGAAACAUGUAGACGAAUAUGAAAUGCUGGGAAAAAAAUAUUAUGAAGUUUCCACUAAUUAUACCAAUCAUACCGUGUCAAUGGCAGAAAAAAUGAAGCAAUUGGUCACUGAUGCAUUAGGAACAUACACUGAAACGACGAGAGAGGAAAUGGAAGAAGUAAGCGGGAAGCUGAAAUCGUUGAGGGCCGAACAACAAUCUGCUUUUGAAAGGCAAUGUGUAUAUGUGAAAGCCACUGUCGACGAAACAUGUCCCAACAAAAUGGCCUGGGAAUCAUUCAAAUAUGAUUUUUCAAAGAAAAUCACUUUCCAAAGAGAAAAUAUUGAUGGUACACACAGAACAAUGGAAGCGCUAUGUAGAGAUUUGCAAAAGCAGGGCGACGUGGUGUCUGCCUAUAUAAAUGAAAUGGCAAACUCAAAUACAAAUGUUGCAAUGCAUCAAAUGGAAUUCAGUGGAGUGGCAUCAUCAUCACUGCUUCAGGAAGUACAUGAAGCAUAUUCUCGAACAGAACAAUUCAUUGAAAGGAAUAUUAUUCGUCCAUCCAACACUGGUGAAACGCCAGUCCGUAGAAAGCAGGUAAAACUUCCAGAACCGAUUGAAAUUCCGGAUGCGAGUGAUUUGAUUAACAAAACCAAUCAAAGUGAAAUACCACGAAGGCUAAGUCAGUACCGGCCGCGUGACUCGAUUCUGGAAACACCGUUCACCGUCCUCUCACCAAGAGCUCUCAAAGAAACAUUAAAGUGCGAUCUUGACGACAUUGUUGAAACACCUGAAGAUAAUAGUGAACAUGGUUGUACAGUCGUUAAAAAGCAGAAUGAUUCAGCGGUAAACAUUACGAAACGACGACGUGCCUUUCAGAGUCGAAAUUCGUAA